AUGUCCCUUUUGGUGGGGGACAUCGAGAGCACAGAUUCCCUGUUCACACGGCUGUGUCAGGCUAUACCAGGACAUGAGGUGAUGAGGUGUCGGCUGGAUGAGGCCUUUAUGAUGUGUAACUGUCACCGAUUCCAGCUGAUCUGGUUGGUCGUAAGCUCGCCGGUUAGCCAGGAAACUCUCAGCUUCACGACAACCAUAAGGUACAUGUGUAUGAGCCGCUUGAACCAAACCACUCGGAUUAUUGGUGUCGCCGAGAAGAGCCUGGACGUGGAUCUUCAGCCUCAUGGAAUAGACGUUGUACUUGUCGAACCUGUGACUUGUGUCUCUGUCAGAGACGUCUACAGCAAGUGGUCAACGCUGGACGUUCCCAUUGAUACACAAAUCAAAUGUGAAGACACCCCUGGAGCAGUAGAGAUGGCUAACGGGGAUAAAGGGUCGAAAAAGGAGGAGGUGAAAUUGCCGGUGUCUCCUCUUCUAGCAGCUCUGGAAGGAGUGCGGAACAGCUACCAGCCCAGGGCCAAGCCACCAACCUUUAGCGACCACACCACUAAAGAAAAGAUGAGACGAGAGCGUAUUAAAGACAGUUGUGAUCAACUGAGGGCUUUGUUACCUUACAUUCGGGGUCGGAAAACGGACAUGGCGUCAGUUCUGGAGAAGUGUGUUGACUAUCUGAGGAUUGUCAACAUUGCUCUUCCAGAUGAAUUUAAGUCUGAAGUGGCGGAAAUACUGGGAAAAGACUGUCAGCUGACCCCGGGCAAAGAUCAGCCCAAGAGUACACCUCAGAGGAAACGGAAGAGGGACCUGACCAAGCCUCCAGAGUCCCCCUCCCCAAACUUUGGUCCGUCGUCUGUAGAAAACAGUCCCAUGUACACCCCUCCCGCUACCCCUGGGAGUGAGACUGGGUCGGAGUCUGUCGCCAGUCCCAUGUCGUUCACAAUGGAUCAGAGUGCGGCCUCACCCCAGGAAACUUGCUACGUCAAACUGGAAACCACCAGUUACGAGACCAGUGUGUCGGCACCAAAAGCCCUGUUAACGGGAAGAACCCGCGCAAAGACCCAACAAAUUCAGUCACGGAAUCCUCAUACCUUUGCCCCGCCGUCCCAGAGCGAGUUGUAUAGAAUUUAUCACGAUGAUAUGUCCGUUCCUAACCCAGUGGCUCAGAGAAGUCUAGAGUACCUAUCCAAUCAGAGAGCGCGUCUACCGAGUUGCUACUCGCUGCCCAUGUUUAACCGGACUGGCGAUCUCGGCCUACAGCCCCCUGGAGGCUACUUUCAGCAUAACGUACCCAAUAACCUCAUGAUGCCCGAUAAGGACGGGUACCGAAGUAGCAUGGAGGUGGACGAUCCAAUGGGACGAUUCUCCCAUCAUAACUACUCUCUGGCCGGUAACUCCUCUCUUUCAAUGGACCCCCUGAUUAGUUAUGUGAAUCCCAAUGCCGUGUUACCUCACGGUGACAAGGAGAAGAGGACGACGGAGAAGUAUUUUUGCCGGGUGUGUGCCCAGCAUUUUACCCUGCGGAAUAACUGGCUCCGGCACCAGCGGACGCGUCACCAGCCCCAGACAAACAAAAGAUUCACCUGUCCGACCUGUGACCGGGCGUUUUUUCGCCGGGCGAAUUUGAUCCGUCAUCAACAGCGGCAUGGCAACAAACGAGAACGUGUGUGGCAUUGCGAAGAUUGCGAGAAGUCUUUCUACCGGUUGUGGGAUUGGCAGACCCAUCAACGUGGGAAACACGGCCCGAGACCUGUUUCAUCUACCACCACCCCAACGAGUAAAGCUCAAGUGAGUUUAGCGGCGGAUACUUCGCUGAAAGAAGAAGAAAAGAAAAAACAAAAGAAAAAAAGUCCAACGACCCAGUUCGAACCCGACCCAGUACAGCCUCACGAGGCUGUCUUACCGAGCGGUGACAGUGACGUACGGGAGUUGUACCAGCGGCAUUGGCGAUCGAUCAGAACGCAUUUCCAUCGCCACAAACCAAUUCAAGACUGCUAUAAUUACCGACUGAGUGAUCUCGGUGCUAUCCCAGCCUAUGUAGACGAGAUUUACGAAGACCAGCCAACUACUUUCACUAUCAAUUACAGUUUUGGAUAUAUCCUCCGCCACAAAGGGACGGGCCAGGUGCGGUAUUAUUACCCGAGCACCAACAACACCCGAGUACUCGACGCACCGUACCGCGUGGCGAGUCGGGCUGACCUGCGAGGAUUCCACACCCAGCAUCUCCUCACCCAAGACCCGCUUACCUUGGCCCAAAAACAACACCCCAAUACGAAAUGGACCGUCGACCUCAUCACCAACAUGCUGUUUUUCGUCCACAAACUGCCACAUCAACCUAUCGGUAAAGGUGGGGUAACGUUACCCUCUUACCUGAAAGGAAACAAGUGGCUACACACGUUGGUGGGUGGAGAUAAUGGUCCUUACAGGGACUAUUGGUGUUUGUUUCGGUGUCUGGCCGUCCAUCUAGACCAGGCCGACCCCAAUAACUGCGAACACCAGGCUGGGGUGUAUUACCGCAGGUAUCUGGAGGAGAUGGAGCCAAGGUAUUUCCGCGGAGUACCCCUCAGUGCGCUGGACACGGUGGAAAGCCUGUUUCAAGUGAACAUUCAAGUCUACCAGCUCAUCCCCAUGGACAGGUCGUACUCAGCACAACUCAUUCACCGCAGUGCCGAGCGCUAUUCUCCCCCUACCCUGCGGUUAAACCUGUACCAGCGACAUUUCAGCUAUAUCAAAGACAUGGGGCGUUAUGCUCGAUCUUUCACCUGCCAGGUGUGCCAGAAGAGUUUUCCGACACUGCGGGAGUUACGACGGCACGGUCAAACGUGCACCGACGCCAUUCGACGAAAGUACCCGGGGGGUGUCUUCCGCAAUCGGCCCACCAUUUUCGAAACGUUGGCGGACAUGGGGAUCGAACUCCAGGACGGUGACGACGGCAUCUUCCCGUACCGAGCGUGUUACGACUUUGAGGCGUACUUGGCUCCGGUGAACCCGGUGGACGAUGCGGCGACUGACUCGACGGAAUGGACGGCUCAACACACCCCCAUGAGUGUCAGCGUCAACUCUAAUGUACCGGAUUACGACCAGCCCGUGUGUUUCAUCUCCACCGGCGAUCCCCAGGCACUCGUCGAGGACAUGAUGGCUUACCUCAACGACAUCAGCGAGAUCAGUAGCGCCUAUCUCCACGAGCGUUAUGCUUACAUCCUGGACGCCUUAGACGAGCGGAUCGAUCCCGACGAGAAGAAACCGUCUUACACACGCCGAGUGCGGGACAGAUUCGUGACCUAUAUGGACCAGCUCCCCGUCCUCGGCUUUAACUCGGGUAACUAUGACCUGAACUUAAUCAAACAACAGCUUUACCCCCACCUGGUCCAGAGCGGUGAUUUGGAGUAUGUGAUUAAGCGGAACAAUAAUCACAUGGCCCUCACCACACCGCAGCUGAAAUUUCUGGACAUUCGGAAUUACCUGGCCCCGAAUUACAGUUACGACAAGUGGGUGAAAGCUUAUGACUGUCACGUGACCAAAGGGAAAUUUUGUUACAGCUACAUAGACUCCCUGGCCCGGCUGGAGGAAACCACACUGCCACCGCAGCAUGCUUUCGACAAUGAUCUCACCCACCAGCCGUGUACAGACGCAGAGUACAAGACCUUACAGACGGUGUGGCGAGAGCACGGCAUGCGGAUCGUCAAAGACUUGCUGCCGAGCGGCGCCUUGCCGGUAUACCGCAGACGGCCUGGUAACAAUGUAUGACUUUAAGCAAGAUAUGUAACAGCCAUUUCUUAAACGGUUAAAUUCAGUUAUUCUUUAU